AUGCCAAGUGAGAAGCAAGCACAAUAUCAGUGGUUCUCCAACUUUACUGUGCAGGAGAAACUCCUGGAGAACUUGAUGGAGAUCCUGAUUCCAGGGCCCUACCUCCAGGAGGCUGAUUCUGAGGCACACGAGACAGAAAAAGGGAUGAGCCGGGACUCGAGGCCGGGGGGAGAGGCGGGCGGCGCGAUGCCGCUCCCCGCGAGCUCCGGAUCCCCGAGAGGCUGGCGGGGAGGCGAGGCUUGGCCGGCCCGCCGCGCUCAGGCGGCCGAGGGCAGCCAGGUCAGCCCUGGAAGGACCGACCGCCCCCACGUCCCCCUCGGGAAGGAGGGACCCCGCUCGGCCGGCCAGGCUGCGGGCGCCCAUUCAACCCGAAGCCCGUCCCGCGACCGCCACCCCCUCGGCCGCCGAGGCGCCCCGGCCUCCCGGCUCCGACCAGCCGGCCGCCCCCGGGAGGAUGGGGAAGGACGAGGCGCAGGGGCGGCCGGUGCCGCGCCUCCCGGGCGCGCGGCAAAGGGUGAAGGGCGGCCCGAGAGAUGCGCGCCGGGCCGCGGGACCUGCGCCCCGGGCGGCCAUCGCGCCGACCCCUGCGCCGACCCCCGCCCCCGCCGCCUCCCGGGUCCAGGCCCGCGCCGUUCAGCCCGCUCCUCACCUCAUCUCCAGGCGGAUCCGCGCUGCCGCCCGGGGGACGAAUCAGUGCAGCUCACUCGCCGCGGGGAGGGACGCAGGAGCCGCAGCCCUGCACACCAUCCCCGCCCGCCUCUCCCUGCGUCCCGGAGCCCGCUCGGGAUUCUCCCUCGCGAGCCGCCGUACUACGGAGCAACCAAGCUGCGCUCCCUCCCGUCUCCUCCGCUCUUCUCUACCUCCUUCUCUCCCUCCCUCGCUCCCGCCUAUCUCCUCAUCUCCCUCGGCUGCCUCCCCCGCCCCCAUCCACGCCUCCAUCUCCGCCCACAGGUGGGUGGGGACAAACAGUCUGCCAAUCAGAAGGAGGGGCCCGCACCUCCUCUCCGCCCCUACCGCUGGCCCCGCCCACCACGGGACCCAAAGGAGGAGGAGUCUAUCAAAAUGGAAGAGGAAGGAGUGACAGCCGAAUAA